AUGAUAUUGGAAUCCAUUUUUUCGUGCACGAAUCUAACGCUAACAUGCGGUUCGUCAAUUUACAUCUUGAUAAGACACUCUUACGCUCAGUAUUCGAAAUUAUUAACACACGUUGCGUGUGCCUGUGCCAGUAUCGCUAUGAUUGGUUCUCGAUCAUUGAUCGUUCUUGUGUACAAACUUUUCUUUAAGGAUUAUACGUUUGAUCCGUUUAUGAUGCAGCUGGAGGAAGAAAGGAACAAAGAACGAUUCAAUAUUAUAGACGAGAUCUUUCGAACCUUGAGCAUGGCCGGCUUAAUUUAUUCUUUGUACUCCUGUCAUGGAUAUUACGCGCUCGGCGCCUGUGUUGUAACCAGCUUAUCAAUUUUAGACUUGUUCAAACUGUACAGAAUAAAGAAGAAACAGACAGAGGAAAUGGAAAUGUCGCGUUUCUACGAUAAUUCAAGUGAAACAAAAGCAACCUACGAAUCAAGGCUUAACAUAUUCAAUUGGGUAAUUCUUGGUGGGAGUUUCGCGUAUACGGUAGGUAAUAAUUACGCUGUAGUAGCAAAUUAUCCUCUGCUCCUGGCGAAUUGGGCGCUAUCUCCGGAAGGAUUUUAUCAAGGAUGGACCAUGCGACGUACCAUUAACGAUUACUUGAUGGCAACUUACGUCAUGUGCAUGACGGAAGCUUUACGACAAGCUGGCACGUCAUAAAAAUGUUUCUCUCUCUCUCCCUCUCUGUUCCUAUCUGCUUAAUUUACAUAUACAUUUAUUGCAACGUAUACAUUUCUUGUAAUUAUUUAAAAUGUUGCUACGUUGUAUAUGAAAUUAAUAAUUCCUCUCUCUUUCUGCUUAAUAAUUUUUUCAAAGUUAUGUAGAGACAAUACGAAGCUAACCCGCGAGAUUUAUCCGCGAGACUGCUGUCUUGCGUCAUGAAUAAAGUACGCUAGGCGAGCAAGCGAGGGGAAGUUUUCGACAAAGUUGUUCAGUAUGCGUCCAAACCAAGUGAGAUAGAAUCUGUGAGCAUCUUUAAUCUUGCCAAAAAAACCGACAAAUCGGGCUCGCCCCGAGGCGACACCAAACUCGUCCCAAAUUUGUCUCGUACUAUCCGUAUAUGCCUUUGAAAUUGCGUAUUUUUUUCUUUAAAACACACAAUAGUAUUUUUUCAAUGAAAUUCAAAAUAGACAAUUUUUAUUCAUAUUUUCAACAUAAUCGUUAAUCAUUGUAAAGUAUUCUCUACGAACUUUGUGUAUGUUUUAGAUUGUUAUCUGACUUGAAUACAAAAUUCUAACCGACUAAUCGUUUCUCAUGUUUUAUAAGAAAUCACUGUUAAACCGUUGGAGAAUAACUUUAGAAAUGUAUAAACGCUAACAAACUGUAUAAGGUAAAUCUAUUUUAUUAUAAGAAAUAAAAUUUGUCAUGUGAUCAAUAAUUUUGAAUACUUUUAUGAUUUCAUUUAUCCCAUAAUCCAUCUU